AUGGGCAAGGCCGAGCUGGCCAUGACGCCGCUGCAGCCGUGGGGGGAGGAGGUGGAGGAGGGGGCCAUCUACAGCAUCCUCCUGCAGCGGGUGAAAGCGGAGCCCGAGGGCCCCCCUGGAGCCUCUCCCUGGGCGGACCCCAGCCUGCCCGGGGGGUGCCCCUUCGUGCACUACCGCACCUGCAAGCGGCGAGUGCUGCGGGCGGCCCGCCUCCCGGCCUUGGUGAGGUGGCUGCUGGCUUCGCGGGCGGAGGGGGACCUGGGCUACGUCCCGAGCUUCCUGGCCACCUACCAGGCAUUCGCCACCCUGGAGCAGGUGCUGGAGCUGCUGCUGCCGCUGUGGCCAGACCAGGCGGUGCUGUGUGUGCUGGAGCUGUGGCUACGGGACCACCCUGAGGACUUCUGGGAGCCCCCUGAGCACCCCUCUCUGCAGAAGUCCCUGCUCUUCCUGCGCCAGGUGGCUGCGGCCUCCCCAGCGGCUGCUCUGGCAGAGGGUCUCCUGCAAGCCCACAGCAAGCAGAAGGAGGAGGGGGCCUGUGGAAGAGACGCAGCAGCUGAGGCAGACGGUGGAGAGACCCCUGGGGUGGGGCUGCCCCAGGCUAUGACGGAGGUGGCUGGGCCAGAAGCCAGCAAGGAGCUACCAGCUCUGCUGUCCUUCACAGUGGAGGAAGUGGCUGGACAGCUGACCCUCAUGGAUUCGGAGCUGUUCCGAGCGGUGUGCCCCUUCCAUUGCUUGGGCUGUGUGUGGUCUCAGCGAGGCAAGAAGGAGAAGCAGCACGUGGCCCCCAGCGUCCGGGCCACAGUGGCCCAGUUCAAUGCCGUCACCAGCUGCGUCAUCACCUCUGUGCUUGAAGACGUGACCUUGCGUGUGCAGCAGCGUGCCCAGGUGCUGGAGAAGUGGAUUGAUAUUGCCCAGCACUGCCGGGCCCUGCGGAACUUCUCCUCGCUAUAUGCCAUCCUCUCUGCCUUGCGGGCCAACCCCACCUAUCGGUUGAAGCGCACCUGGGCAGUGGUCAACAGGACUGCCAGGAGCUCCUUCCAGAAGCUCUCGGAGAUCUUCUCUGAAGACAACAAUCACUGGAACUGCCGAGAAAUCCUGCUGCAGCAGGUGGGAGGGAGAGCGGGCCCCAGGCAGCACUGCACAGGGGACGGAGGUCCUCGUAGCCCCACCAGUGAGGGAGGCAGCAGCCCCCUCCAGACGCCAGCCAAGACCCCUCUGAAGCUGACCCCUUGCAGCCAGCGCAUGGGGUCUUCUGCCAGCCAUUGUGCCAUGGGCUCCUUCUCCAAGGGGGCACCGCUAGUUCAAAGGGGAGGGGGGGUGAGAAGGAGCCAAUCCUGUUGUGGUCUUUUGCAGCCCCCCACAGUGCCCUAUCUUGGCACCUUCCUGACUGACCUGGUCAUGCUGGACACGGCCCUUCCGGAUUUCGUGGAGGGCAAUCUCAUCAACUUUGAGAAGAGGCGGAAGGAAGCCGAGACUCUGGCCUUGAUCCGGCAGCUGCAGGAGUCGUGCCAAGGAUACAGCCUUUGCCCCAACCCCUUCUUCCUUGCGGCCUUUCGGGGGCAGCAGAAGCUUUCGGAGGAGCAGAGCUACCGGAUUUCCCGUGUGAUCGAGCCUCCCGCCAGCUCCUGCCCCAACUCCCCCAAACUGCACCGGAGCCUCACCAAGCGCUUCAGCUCCCUCCUCCAGGGCGCAGAUGCCUCCCCCACCUCGCCUGGCCCCGACCGAGCGGGACUUUCCCUGCCAGGACCCUUCGGCAGCCUCCAUCCCGGGGAAGGACUCGGCCCCUCUGCCCUCCCAGCCCAGGCAGAAGCGGGGGGAGAAGGCCGCCCCUCCCCGUCGCCUCUCCUGCUGCCCCCACAGGAUCCGCCUGCCCCACUGUCCCCCACCCCCAAGCCCAGUGGGGCGGCCGAGUCACGCAUCAUCCGGGUCAGCCUGGACAACGGAGGGCAGCACUGCAAUCUCUACCGCAGCAUCCUGAUCACCAGCCAGGACAAGACGGCGGCCGUGGUGCAGCGUGCUGUGCAGAAGCACAACCUGGGCGAGGCCUCCCUACACAGCUACCGGCUCCUGCAGCGCCUGCGGGACGGGCAGGAGCUGCUGAUCCCCAGUGGAGCCAACACCUUCUACGCCAUGAACCCCGCCAGCCCUUCGGACUUCCUGCUGCGUCGCAAGGAAGAGGCUGCACACCUGGGAAGCCGAGCCCCCCGCCCCACCCCGGGAGCCCCACCGCUCUCCCCCCCACCUGCCUCUUCCUCGCUGCCCCCCGCCCCGGCAGCCCUUCGGCCUGGCCCCUGCUGA